AUGUCGGAGAAACAAAAAGGCAUCUCCCUCCGCAAGAAGCGGGGGGACAAGAGCAAGAAGAACGCGCCGCCGCCCACCAUCAGCGCGCCGCGACAGAUUAGUGCGCCCAUGCCCGCAGGCGUCGCUGCUGCUGCUGCCGCUUCGCUCCCAAGCUCUGGGCGCCCUUCGAACGAAUCCAGCCGAUCGAGGACCAGACAGGAUGGCCCUCCAUCACAGCCAAGACCGCAGCGGCCAGACAAGACGGCGGAUCUCGUCAAGAGGAGGUACUCCCAGAAGAUCACGACGCUUCCUAGCGAUUUUGGGAAUGGGGAGCCUAUGCCGCAGAUGCCGCAAAUGCCCGUUCAGUACAGAGAGAAGAGCCAGACGAGAGAGGGACGGCCGCCCGGAAGCUCCAAUGGACGGGUCCUGCAAGUCGACCCGCGCGCAUUGCGGGACCCCAACCUGGAAGUAGAGCGAUAUGUAUCAACUAUUCUCGCAGACGCUUCUGAAGCAGACAUCAGCCGCUACCAGGACGAGCUGCGCAAGACAAAGCAUCGUACAUCACUCGACCUCCAGCACAACGUAUACCAAAACCGCACACAGUUUAUCAAGAUCAGUAAAGAAGCAGAGAAGCUCAAGGGCGAGAUGCGGACGCUUCGUCAGUUGAUGUCUGACCUGACAACGACCUUGGAGCAGACAGCAUCAGCUACGGGUGCCGCCAAUGACACUGCGAGCUCGCGAAGAGCUAACCGAAGUUCGAUCGGAGAUCUCAAUCAAUUGCGCGCAGGCCAGCUACAGCAGCUUUACAGGGACGUUGAGGGCUCGCAGAAGUAUCUACCACCUAUCCCCGGACGAUAUAUCGUUUGGAAGUCAACGAGAUGGUUCGAACUGGACUCUGCAACCCUCAAGGCAAGGCGAAGAGUGAGACUACUGCUACUGAAUGAUCAUCUCCUUAUCGCAUCAGAAAAAAAGGCACGCAACGAUGUUCCUGGACAGCGUGAUGGCAACAGGGCGAAUAUGGAGUUUACUGCCCAGAGAUGUUUUCCCCUACAGGAUACCCAAGUGAUUAGGACGCCAGAAGAGCGCAUCAUCAUACGCGCUGGAUCUGAGUCUUUCACAUACGACACCAAGAAGGAAGACAGUGGUGAUAAAUCCGCUUUCGUGGCUACUUUCCGCAAGACGAAGGAUGACCUGCGCAAGAGCCAAGAAGCGGAUGUGCAGGAGAAAGACCGAACGCAAGAUUCCUACAGCCACCUUCUUUCACGCGACCCUGCUUUCAUGAACAGGACAGAGUUGUUGGACAAUCUCUCAGACGGCAUCAAUAACGAACAAGUCAGUACUUUUGUUGACAUUGAUGGACAACAGCGCAAUAUCCGAUGGGUAGAAAGUCAACUAGACGAUUUAGAUAUUGAGAUCGCGCUUCAACAUUUCCAGGAGGCAGUCCUGAAAGUGGAUCGGCUUAAGGCACUUGCAAAGAACAUUAGAAGCAAUGAGAUGGCCAAGACAAUCGUUACCUACAAGGUCAAUGAGCGCGCUGCGAAGCUUGCGAAUGUUUUGGUCAAGCACAUGGUAGAGCACAACAACUGGUUCACCUCUGUCAGGCAACACGUGAGUUGGGUAGUCCAACUAGGCUUCGAAGACCGCGCACGUGAAGCCUAUCUGGAAGCUCGCGGUAACCUGAUCAGAACUCGCACGCGGCAAUGCAUAUUCGAAGGCAAUCUCCCAGACUAUAUCUUUCAGAUCUCCUACAUCUAUUUCACCAUCAUCAAGAACACCGUCGACAUGUACCAGAAGUGCUUCCCACAACAGCUCAUGUCCGCGUGCGUCAAGUGGUCGAAAGAGCACAUCGACCAGUUCAACAUACUAUUAAAAAGGCAGCUAAGUAGCGUGGAUGAAGGUGGCAAUGUAUGGAACGAGUGCUUGAGAUUGGCACAUGAACAUGCUGAGAUGCUGAGGGAGGUUGGGCUUGAUUUCACUGAGUUGGUUGGGAACGGGAUCAGUGAACAGGAUGGCGAAGAAGACCAGCCAAUGCCUACGGAAGCAGAGAAUAUCAACUAUCUAUACUUGGUCCUAACCAACGAUGGCAGUCCUGUCAUUGAUUGGGAUGCCGUCUCCGCCGCGCUCGACCUCAACAAGGGCGCCGUAACAAAGCGAUGGUCGCGUCUUAAGCAGUCCAUGGACAGGAACGAGGUUCCCGGAGGUACAACGUACCAGUUCCUCUGGCUUUGUGUCAAGCACCAUAAGCGAACUCAGCCACCCAACUGGAGUGAAAUCGCAGCCAAGGCCAACACUACUUCUGGAGCGGCGUCCAAGCGCUAUUCUCGCAUGAAGAAGGUAUUCGAAGACAACGACACCGCUCCCGAUGCAGGCACUCCUCGCUCGCCCAUCAAGAACACCCCCACCAAGGCCAAGGGUACGCCGAAGUCCACUGUCAAGAAGCUUCGCAAGGCCACCACUUCCUCUGGCGACGACCAGGACGACAUUCAAACUACCCCGGCCAGUAAGCGCAAGCGUGCGUCGCCGAAGAAGAAAGUCGCCGCCACCGAUGAGGAAGCCGAGGUCAAGCCUGAGCCAGAUAACGAGGGCGAAGAUGAGGACAAUGAGCUUCUAGAUACCAAGUCCAAGCGCGCGAAGGUCGGCAAGACCAAGAUCAAGGUCAUCCCCAAGCCUAAGCCCAAGGGUAUCGUCAAGAAGGAAGAGACCACCGACGACGGCGAGGACUCUUUCGUCGACGCCCAGGAAUCGCUUGACCACCAUGAAGAUGCCCAGGAAGUCCUCCACGACAAUUACGCCGUUCAAGAUCCGGAGCCAGCUGACUCUCUUGGUUGCAGCGAUGACUUCAUCUGA